AUGUCAAAGUCCUUGUAUGAGUUUGCUCCCAGCGCUAACAUCAUCAAAGGUCCUCAUGCUUCUGACUCUACCAUCACCAUUCAAAGAACAAAUGUGGCAUUCUCGGAUGAAAUUCCAAACGAUGGUGAUUCAAAAGAUGGUAAUAAAGAAGGGGUUGAUGAGGGAGAAGACACUGAUAAAUAUGAAAAGGACUUAGCAGCUGACAUGGGAGAUGAAUUCACUCAAAAAAUGAACUCUCCUCCAAGGUUGAACGAGCACAUACGUUUUUCAACUACUUCAUCUUCUUCCUCUGCUGAUGACACUAAACAUCAUGGAUCAACCCCUUAG